AUGGAGGAAGACGGGGCUAUGGUGUGUUGCCCAGGCGAGGCAGGAGAGCCAGGUUCUCCAGACUCUCCUCCCAGUUUAAGCGACGGCGACGAGAUGCAGGAGUCAGACUUAAUGAUCAAGCUGGGAUUCGAGACCGGGUGCCAGACCGAGCUUGACCAUGACGAGCAAGCAGAAUCUCCAUGCUCAGUCUGCCACGCAGACGAAGCGUGUGACGAAAGCGCGAACCGAAUUCAACGGAGCAACGCCGCCACCUCGAGCAUUCCCACUUCAGGAAGACUUUGCAUCGAUACAGGGUUUGAGUUGGAUGAAGAUGACUACGAAGCGCUGCGGUUCCCAGCGGGAACUUUGGGAAGGCUUAGGCGACUGGCUGCGUCUGUGAGCCGAGCUCAAUCCCAAAAGCUCAUUUCGAGCCCUGCCACGCCCGGAACACAGAUUAUAGGGGAGUCUCAAGCUGCUGUCAGACAGCUGGCAUCUCCUAUUCAGUUCCAACCUCGAGGUAUACCGAGAAGCUGCCGUACGUCGCCAGUUCAAGCACACAAUGUGCUCAGGAAACCACCCAGACGGCCACGGAGGCGUGCGUACCAGCUGCUCGAGAGGGAGACUGCUGAAAUUUUGAACGGCCGCAACCUAGACCAGGAAAAUCUUAACUCGGACAGGAAUGGCGUGUCAACUAGAAGAAAGAAGCUAGGGUUGGCGAGCAAGUCUUCCUCGAACUCGAAGCAGAAGAGCACUUCAUCCAAAACCCAAGUCAUCUCAUCCGCCACGACCUGGACAGUGGCACCAAAAGCUCGACUGGAAGUGGUGCUACAGACCAGACACAAGAGUUGGCUGGCUGCAUAUCAGGAUGUUGAUGUCAGCGGCAAGAAUGUCACUGCACGCCCAACAAGAGGUGGUCACCGUGGCAGAGGCCGACGCAGGGCCUUACGAACUGCGCCGAAGCGUACCGUCGACCGCGCCGAGAGGAGAGCUGAAGUUGUUUCCAAGAAUACUUCGAGAGGGAGACCUAGGAAUACCUCGCGCAGAGUCAUCGGUGGCAAGGCUGGCGCCAUCGGGACACGACGAAGCCGCAGAAUGAAUGCUGGCAAGCUCGAUUCGACCAACAAAAAAGCCGCUUCUGGCGGUUCCAAGCCAGUUGCAAAGGCUGUGGCUAAAUCUGCAACGCACAGAGGUAGAUCAUCAGGUGUAGCCAAGCGAAGAGGCCGACCACCAACACGUGGUAGGGUGUCAAACAGACGGAACUAA